UCACAAACCCUAACUCCCACUCCCCCGAUUCAGAUCGAAUCGAUGGCGAUGCCGCACUCCCUUCCACCGCCGCCUCCCAGGAUCCCGAUCCCUUCUGCCUCCGCCACUCCGCUCCCGAUCCAGAUCCCCCUUGCUGCCGCCUCCCUCUUUGCCACACCUCUCCCCUCGCGGCCGCCUCCCUCUCCGCCACCCACCUCUCCCCUCGCCGCCGGUCUGCCACAUCCGACAACGUUGAGGCCAGCGGGCGCUGGAUCCGGCACCAGCGUGGCCCCUCCAUCGGCAACUCGAACAGGGUGUCGGCGGCGCCAUGGCUUCCCCCAAUCCCACGGCGUGGGCCUGAGCCACCCGCUGGCCUCGGCUAGGCCCCGGACAAGCAGCCGCGCGGGAUGACGACCAUCAUCGACACCCUCCAGAUGAUGUUGGAGGCGGCUCCCGGUGGACUGGAGCGGACAGAGUGGUUGGAGGUCGUCGCGCUCGGCAAUGUGGUGUCCAGGCAGGCCACCAUCGCUGGGAUGGUCUGGAGCAGAGACUUGCCUGGUGUGGAAACGCUCAAGGAGAACAUUGCUGCGUAUUUCAACGUCCUGCAGGGUUUCCUUUUGGCCUGUCAUGGAAGCAUGAUCGGUGCCGGUCCUACGCUUCACAAGUAUAUCACUAGUUCUGCAAAAGGCGUGGUGGAUGCCAGCUUCUCGUUGUUCAAGCUAGUUGUUUCUGCCUAUGAUUGUUACUUAAUGUUCAUGCAGUAUCGGCGACAACAAGAAGGCCUGGAAGAGCGAACACUGCGGGGCACUGAAGAUAAAGCUUACAGAAAGAAAUAAAGAUGGCCAUAUUCUCACAUACUCCUGGAUUUCAUUUACAUCAACUUCUCAAGAGAGGAGUACUCCUUUUUAGUAGUCUCAGUUUAAAGUAAGUUAAAUGAAAGGAGUACUCCUUUUCAGUUGUCUCAGUUUAAAGUGAAUGAAAGGAGUACUUGCUCCCUAUACUAGUUACUUCUACUACUUAUUUUUAGUUGUUUAGUACUACUCUGUAGAUCUGUGAUACUAGUCUAGUUGCUUGUAUAAUUUUGUUUAUUAGUGUAACUUGAACCAUGGAGUAUUACCCUGUUCGCAUAUGUGUGAUUAUGUGUGUUCUGUAGUCUCUAGCUCCAGUACAUGUGAAAUAUAUGUUGUGGUGUAAAUCAUUUUCAUUCUAUCUUAUAAACGUGUUUCUUCAAUAGCUAUUUCUGUUCAAUUCUUGUUGUCACUGAUGUUAGCAUUUAGUUUGUCUCAAGUUAAAAAAAUACUGAAAAUACAGUGUACAAAUCAGCCCAAAUAUGUGAGCCUCGGUUCUGAAAACUAAAGAGUUCAUAUAUUGGUAGAUAGACUGUGAUUUAGGAUAUGCUAAACAGAAAGCUUUAUAAGAUGGAACUCUCAAUAUCAUGACUUCACUUUGUCUUUAAUUUAAUAUGGUUAGAACUAUCAUGGUUUUUUAAGUAGUUGGGGCAUUAAGAAACAGUAUGCUGGAUGUUUGGCCUUGCAUCCGUCCUUCCAUGAAUUCAUGCUUGUGCAUUGCU